AUGUCUGCGAAGGCCAUUAGAGAAUAUGAUGGAAAAUUAUUAUUAGCUUAUUGGCUUUUACGUUCUCCUUCUCUAUUCGAAAGUGACGCUUCUAAUUCUAAAUUUGUUCCACCGGCUACUAAAGUAGCUCAUGUUACUUUCGAUAUUUCCAUACUAAAUGAUAUUUCCAUUAAUAAUACUUCUUUAGCUUUCAGUAAUCACGUUCAACAAACUCUUAAUGUUCUUGAGCAAACACACCCAUGGUUGUUAACUGAUAAAUUAGUAGUUAAACCUGAUCAGCUUAUAAAAAGACGAGGUAAAUCUGGAUUAUUGUUGUUAAACUCCGAUUGGCAACAGGUUAAAGAAUGGAUUACUGAAAAAGCUGGCAAAGAAGUUAAGGUUGACAAUGUAACUGGAGUUUUGAAAACUUUUCUUGUUGAACCAUUCGUACCACAUCCUUCAGAUACUGAAUAUUAUAUUAAUAUAAAUUCAGUUCGUGAUGGGGAUUAUAUUUUAUUCACCCAUGAAGGUGGUAUUGAAGUUGGUGAUGUUGACGCUAAAGCAUUAAAACUUUUAAUCCCUGUUAAUGAAACAUAUCCAAGCUCUCAAGAAAUCAAAGAUAAACUAUUAGUUAAUGUUCCAGUCGAAAAGAAAGAUGUCUUGGUAGAUUUUAUAUCUCGGUUAUAUGCCGUGUAUGUUGAUUUACAAUUUACAUAUCUUGAAAUCAACCCAUUGGUGGUACUUGAUCCUACUUCUACUGAAGAUACUCCUAAAAUAUUCUACCUUGAUUUGGCUGCAAAAUUGGAUCAAACAGGAGAAUUUGAGGUUGGACCAAAAUGGGCUAUUGCUCGUGCUCCGAAAAACAUAGGUCUUGCAGUUAAUGAUGAUUUAACUAAAACUUAUGUUGAUCAAGGACCUCCUAUAGAAUUUCCUGCCCCCUUUGGUCGAGAAUUAACAAAAGAGGAAGCUUAUAUUCAAGAAUUAGAUUCUAAAACUGGUGCAUCAUUGAAAUUAACAAUUUUAAAUAAGGAUGGAAGGAUAUGGACAAUGAUUGCUGGUGGGGGUGCUUCGGUCGUUUAUAGUGAUGCGAUUGCUGCAUUAGGAUUUGCACAUGAACUUGCCAAUUAUGGUGAAUAUUCUGGAGCUCCGUCUGAAACACAAACUUAUGAAUAUGCGAAAACAAUUUUUGAUUUGAUGACUCGGAACCCUGUACCGCACCCUGAUGGAAAAAUUUUAAUUAUAGGUGGUGGUAUUGCUAAUUUCACCAAUGUUGCUGUAACUUUUAAAGGUUUGAUCCGUGCUUUACAAGAAUUUAAACAACCAUUAAUUGCUCAUAAAGUUAAGAUCUUUGUAAGACGUGGUGGACCAAAUUAUCAAGAAGGGAUAAGGGCAAUGGGACAAUUAGGGGAUGAUAUUGGUGUGGAUAUUAAGGUUUUCGGUCCAGAAACACAUAUUACUGAAAUUGUACCUUUAGCCUUGUUGGGACAUGGAUCAGGUCUUAAUAAUAAUAGUAUUGAUUCAUCAGAAAAAAAUAUUCAAAGUAAAAAUUUUGAAACUUCAACAAAAGGCAAGAAAGCUGCCAAUGAUACUUCUGAAGAAUCGAAAGAAACUCAUUCUAGACCAACAACUCCUAUACCUAAUCCACGUGAAAGGAUGACAUACUUUGAAAAUCCCGAAAUAAUCCAACGCCCUUGGUAUACAAUUUUCACAAGUGAAACGCGUACCUUCGUUUAUGGAAUGCAACCACGUGCUGUACAAGGAAUGUUGGAUUUUGAUUAUAUGUGUAAACGCCAAGUACCUUCGGUUGCUGCUAUGAUUUAUCCAUUUGGUGGAAAUCACAUGCAAAAGUUUUAUUGGGGUACAAAGGAAACCUUAUUACAUGUUUUCAAUAAUCCAAAAGAUGCCAUUGAAAAAUUUCCCCAAGUUGAUACGGUUGUGAAUUUUGCUUCUUCCCGAUCUGUUUAUGAUUCUACUUUUGAGUUCUUUCAAUACUCUAAUCAAAUUAAAACGAUUGCCAUUAUUGCUGAAGGUGUUCCUGAACGUCGUGCUCGUCAAAUUAUCCAUGAAGCCAAUAAAAGAGAUGUUCUUAUAAUUGGUCCUGCAACUGUUGGUGGUAUUAAACCAGGUUGUUUCAAAAUUGGUAAUACAGGUGGAAUGAUGGAUAAUAUUGUUUCGUCCAAAUUAUAUAGACCUGGUUCAGUUGCUUAUGUAUCAAAAUCAGGUGGUAUGUCCAAUGAGUUGAAUAAUAUCAUUUCAAGAACAACAGAUGGUGUUUAUGAGGGAAUUGCAAUUGGUGGUGAUCGUUAUCCUGGAUCAACUUUUAUUGAUCAUUUAUUACGUUUUGAGAAUGAUUCAAAGUGCAAAAUCUUAGUUUUACUUGGAGAAGUUGGUGGUGUUGAAGAGUAUAAAGUAUGUGAAGCCAUUAAAGAUGGACGAAUCAAAAAACCUUUAAUUGCCUGGUGUAUUGGCACUUGUGCUAAAAUGUUUACAACCGAAGUUCAAUUUGGUCAUGCAGGUGCUUUAGCACAAUCAGAUCUCGAAACUGCAGAUGCAAAAAACAAGGCCCUUAGAGAAGCUGGUGCGAUUGUUUCAGAAACAUUUGAAAAAUUACCCUUGGCAUUACAUGAAACAUUUCAGAAACUUGUUUCUGAUGGCACUAUUAUUGUGGCACCUGAACCCGAAACGCCUAAAAUACCUAUUGAUUAUUCUUGGGCACAAGAAAUUGGAUUGGUUCGAAAACCUGCAAGUUUCGUGUCCACUAUUUGUGAUGACCGUGGUCAAGAAUUAUUAUAUGCAGGAAUGAGGAUUUCCGAUGUAUUCAAGGAAAAUAUUGGUAUUGGUGGAGUUUUGAGUUUAUUAUGGUUCAAGAGAAGAUUGCCGGAAUAUGCUUGUAAAUUCAUUGAAAUGAUACUUAUGUUGACCGCAGAUCAUGGUCCUGCUGUUUCUGGUGCUCACAAUACUAUUGUUACUGCUCGAGCAGGAAAAGAUCUUAUAUCAAGUUUAUGUUCUGGUCUUUUAACAAUUGGAGAUAGAUUUGGUGGUGCUCUUGAUGGAGCAGCUGAAAUGUUUAAGAGUGCAUAUGACAAAAGCUUGACACCUCGAGAAUUUGUGAAUUCAAUGCGUAGACAAAACAAAUUAAUUCUCGGUAUAGGACAUAAAAUUAAAUCUCGUAAUAACCCUGAUCUUCGUGUUGAAAUAAUCAAAGAUUAUGCCAAAAGAAAUUUUCCAGCAACACCUUUACUUGAUUAUGCUUUGGCUGUUGAAGAAAUUACUACUGCCAAAAAAGAUUCUUUAAUUCUUAACCUUGAUGGUGCAAUUGCAGUUUGUUUUGUUGACUUAUUAAGAGAAUCUGGUGCUUUUAGUAUAGAAGAGGCAGAAGAAUAUGUUAAGAUCGGAGCUUUAAAUGGAUUAUUCGUAUUAGGGAGAAGUAUUGGUUUUACUGGACAUUUUCUUGAUCAAAAGAGGCUUAAACAAGGUUUAUAUCGUCAUCCAUGGGACGAUAUUUCUUAUUUGGUUCCUGGUGUAGAACAAGGGCGAACUUUUAUUAGUCAAGAUAAAGUUGCCCAGAAAGAUAUUUAUUCGUAA